AUGUGCAUUAGUCUCAAUCCGACUGAAGACAUGGAUCUUCCNUUAGUCUCUGUCUACUAUCAAAGAAUUGUGCUGAAGGCUCGGCCGGUGGGGAAUGCACUUGUAGAGCAGUACUAUGACCACUUGAAAAACUCCCCGGAGCUUCUCCAUCAGUUUUAUAAAGAUGUCAGUAAGAUUACGCGCCCUGGACCUGAUGGAGUAAUGCGUUCCUCUACACUACAGGAUAUGGUUCAGGAUCUUGAUAUGCUAUCUUCUGGAGGUUUUGAUUCGGUUGAGGUAACCAGUGUCACGUCCCAAGACUCUCACAGUAGGUGUAUCUUCGUCGAUGUUUGUGGCGAUAUCACUUCACGCGAGAGACCUCCAAGGAACUUCACACAAAUUUUCUUUCUUGCUCCCCAAGAAAUCGGCUACUUUGUUUAUAAUGACGUGUUCAGGUUUCUUGACAUGUCCGAGGCUAAUGAUGCAGCCAUUCCUUCUGCUAACGCUGCGGUAACUGAGGGUAAAGCCAUUUGCAUUAAAAAUCUUCCUCCAUAUACAACCAUUGCCUCACUUGAGGAUGAGUUUAUGCAGUUUGGAGAAAUCAGAAGAGGUGGAAUUGAAAUUAGGAGCAAAAUGAGCUUUUCUUAUGGCUUCGUGGAGUUUAAGGAAGAAAAUGCCGCCCAGAAGGCAAUAGAGGUAAACGCUUUUGGACCUAAAGACAUUUGUUUAGCAUUUGGUCUGACUACAGAAUUGCAGAACUGUCUACUUUGGUUUUGA